UGCAGUAGUUGUAACAGUUGUGAGUUUACAGCUACUACUGGCUGAAACCAGCCUCAUAUUGGCGAUAUCGGCAGAGGUGGCACCCAAACGGAUGGGUCAUCCAAGGCAGGACUCGUACACAGCCAAUCUACGUGCAAACUGAUACUGGGCGACAAUGCGAGCACAUCCAGAACGUAAUUGAGAAGACUGACAUCAGAUAAUUGGCAAGAAAGUGUCGGACUUCUAAGUUGGGUCCACCGAAUCCUCGCCGAGGAACAGAAAUUCAAUUCGAAAGAGAGUUGCAAGCAGUGCCAGCAUGGAGAUACCUAUUUCAAACAUACUACUUUUGUGCUUGAUCUUCCUGCUGAUUGGAGGGGUGGUCAUGAUCCUGCUGCAGUACCUCAUCUUCAUCAAGUUCUCCAAUCUGCCGGACGAGAGCGAGGAGCAGAAGCAGAUGAACGCAAAAUACACCCUGCCACUUAACAUCAAGCAAACGGCCCGAAACCUGAAGAGGCUUUCCAACUCCGGACUGGGAGCCGGCAAUGGGUGCGAAAACCAUCAGGAGAGUCUCCGCAGAGCCUCGGCCCUGGUCUCGCUUAACUUCGUGAUGCAGUUCCUCUUCCACGAGUUCAAGAACUCGAACCGUGUGCGGAAGUGGUUCUACCGCAAGCUGUCCAUCGAACUGGACGAACUGAUUACAAAGACUACCACCGGCAAACUUCUUGAUAAGCUCACGAUUAAAGAGCUUGAGUUGGGCGACCAGUUUCCAGACAUCAAGUCCUUAUCGGUGCACAACGUGGAGUUGGACAAGGACGAGCAGCGUAUUGAGAACCUCGAUCUUCUGCUGGACAUAAACUACGUGGGCAACUUCACAACUUCCAUUGAUGCGGAUAUGGUGCUGGGCAAGAAAGGAUCAAUAACGCUCAAGGUUAAGCAGCUGUCGGGCAUGGCGCGUCUGCAGUUCACGAGGAAACCCUACACGCACUGGUCGCUGAGUUUCUUGGGGGAUCCGGAGCUGAUCCUGGACAUUGAGUCGAAGUACCAGGGUCGGCAGAUGCAGUCGAACAUCACGAACCUAAUAUCGAACCAGAUCCGCAAGGCGGUGCGUCGGAAACACACGCUGCCCAACUACAAGCUCCGCUACAAGCCCUUCUUCCACUGGACCGCCGAGGAGGACGCCGGCGAUUGCGACAUCCAGCCGAAUGGCCUGCUCACGGUCAAGCUGGCCGAGCUGUCCCGCCUGAUGGCCUAUCCCGGAGCCAGUGAGACGUACUGCACCAUCACCCUCGCCCCCGUGCCCUUCAUCGAGGCCAACCAGCGGGACAGCCGGAACGUGCUCAUAUCGAUGGACGUGUUCAUCCACAAGGCGAAGAACCAGCAGAUCGGCAUCGUCUUCAAGCAGAGCGGCAGCCAGGUGGUCCGCAUCGAGUCGGUGCUGCCGAACACGCCGGCCUGCAAGUCCAACCUGCUGGCCGGCGACGUCCUGGUGGCCAUCGAGGGCAGGCCGGUGACCACGAUUCAGCAGAUCGCCAAGGUGGUCAAGACGCUGCAGGCCACCGUCUUCAGUCUGCGGAUCGAGCGCAUCAUCCCUGGCAUCAUUCGCAACGACGCCAUCCUGGAGGACUUUGACAAGUACGACGACCUGGGCGACCUCCCCAACCCAUGUCAGUCGAGGCCAGAGCCCGACGAGCCCGCACCGGCUGAGCAGGUGCCCAAGCACCUGGUGGUGAAGCCGGGCUUGAGCGGCACGCCCACUAACUCACCCAAGAAGUCCAACCUCAUUGCCAAGGCCAUAAAGAAGACCAUGAGCCGCGAGAGCAGUGAUAAGGACAGGGACAAGGAGAAGGAUCGGGACAAGGAUAAGGACAAGGACAAGGAUCGGGAUAAGGAUAAGGACAAGGACAAGGACAAGGAGAGAAGCAGGACGGAUGAGGCGGAGGAGCCGGUCAACUACUUCUAUCAGCACUCGACCAUCGACUGCGCCUUCAGCCCGCUCAUCCACAUGGACGACGUGUGCAGCUUCCAGUUGGACACCUCCAGCCGCUUCCUCAACGUGUGCGUCUUCGGCAAGUCCGCCGGUGAGAGCGUACUCCUGGGGUACAACAAUGUCCAGAUUGGCCAGGUCCUCGUCGAGUGCUCUGAAACCAGCCUAAACCAGUGCCUCAAGCAAAUUAGUCUCAACCCGGCAUCGCUGCAGGCAGUGAAGACUCAUGCCCUAUCCAAUCAGUCCGGCUUCAAUCCAAACCUCUGCUUUGGCGACAUUCUGUUUGGGUUCUCCUGGAUGGGCAAUCCCAAUUUGACGGUGGGCGAUGUUUCCGCUAAGAGUAACUCCAAGUCACAGCCGCAAGCUAGAAACUUAUUGCCUGGUGACAGAGUGGCGCAGGAGGAUCAGUCCCACGAGUCGGUGUUCCUGAAGCUGACCAGCUCCUUGGCGGAAAGCUCCUCAUCCGGUGAAUCCCCUAGUGCGACGGCUGCCGCCUCAAAGGCGCACAACUUCGUGAGGACCCACUUCCAUCGGGCCACGCAGUGCGACUUCUGCGGCAAGAAGAUCUGGCUGAAGGACGCCAUGCAGUGCCAGGAGUGCUCCAUGUGCUGCCACAAGAAGUGCAUAGUCAAGUGCCAGAUGGCCACCGUCUGCGGUCCGGUGGACUGCUCCGGCUCCAUGCCAGCAUCCUCCACUCCGGCGAUGGCCAGCCGGCCGGAGUUCACCAUCACGCAGGCUGACACCCCGGAGAUCCUCGAGGCCAACCCGGGCCCUGCUCCUUUGGAGGCAGCGGCCACUUCGAGCGCGGAUCAAGCUCAAGCUCAGAUCCAGACCCCGACAGCGGCUGGCUUGGAUGUGCACAGAUCCAGCCUCACUGGGAUGCUGGCCCAAGGCAUCAAGCGGCAGGCGAGCAACCUGGACAUACCCGGCAUAGUGUCCUCGCUGACUGGCAGUGGUCAGCAGAUUAACUCAAAGAGCCUACCUCCGAGUCCCCAGCACACGCCCUCGCGAAAAUCGUCAAUUGUGGAAGAGGCGGCUCCUGUUCUGCCCCAGAAUCCCUUUGAGUGCGUCACCCAGCAUCUGGAGGCUCUACCAUUGGACUGCACAGUACUCAGCUUCGAGCAAGUGAUCGUCAUCACCGAGCCCAUCAUUCGCCACACCCGCAACGAGGAUCUGAUGAACCUGGCCAAAAGCACCAGCAAACAUUUAUACGUUGGCUUUCCGCCCGACGAGCGAGUGGCCAAAAUAAACGAGCUGCUCACCAAACUGAAGGUGGCCCUGGACGCCGAGACCGAGGGCUACACCAUGAUGAAUGAUGCCGAGAAGGCCACGGAGUCGUCGGCCUGGAAGUCGGCUUCCGGCACGGAGAACAGGUCGGAUGAGCGGGUCCAGGCCCUCAGCAUCAUCAUGCUGUACUUGUGCACUGGUCUGCAGCAUGCCCAGGGCGUGGUCCUGCAGUAGAUCUGCAGAUGGAUCUGGUUCUAGGGGGAUUUCUCAAUGUCAUGUUAAGGUUCCGAUUCGUAAUUUGUGAGAGAAACCUAACUUAAAGUCAAAUUGUUCGGGCACACAAAUGCGCUUUCUCAAUGUGAUGUUGAAUUUCGAACGAAGAAACUUAACAAUAUCAGACAAGUCGGUAUUAUAACCUACAACCUAAAACAUUGGCGGUAGUUAAGAGGUGUCAGUUAGUUAAAUUUUAACACUAUAUUGAGAAAGUAAAUGUUGCCGAAAUUUAAAAAUGCACAGGACAUUGAGAAAUCAGCCCUAAGAGUUGUAGAUGCCAAACACUUGUGUAUUUGGUGAACUCGUACAUAAUCUUAAGUAGUAGACUGGAAAUGUGUUAGUGAACUAAUGGGCAUUUUUAAUUCGUGUUGUGGCAUACUUACCUAGAAGUAUUUCAAUUUUAGCCAUUUGUUUCAAUUAAAAUACGCUUAUUUGUCAGUUUUGAAACAGAUUUGUAAAUAUCUAAUAUGGGGUUAACCCAAACUCAAUACAAACAUCAAUGGUAUCUAUAGAGUUCAAACUUGUUUUUGGCGAAUAAAAAUUUUUAAACAAAUGUUCUUCAAACUCUUUCACAUUUUUGAUGACACUUACUUACUGUUGUAUAGCUACAAUUAUUAUAUUUAUAUAAACAACUGAAAACGUAAGAAUCCAGUGUGAAAACUAAAUUACAUAUUUUUGACGUUGAUUGUAAUAUUUGGAGCUAACUACUUGUCAUAUCUAAAUAUAUUUUAGUUAAAUUCAGAGUUAAAUAUGAUUAUAACUUAAUAUAAACGUGUAAGUCGUGUCAACAA